CAUCUGACGUUACAGCCUGUCAUUGUCCAUAGGGAAGCACUUAUGGAAAUGAAGCACAGUCAGACAGCACGCCUGUGACUUGCCAUUAUCACUACAGACAGAUUGUACACAGUGCGUGUUGGUUGCUAUGGGGCAGUGACUAACAGCAGCUUAUGUUUUCCUUUUUCUUGAUUUAGUAUCUGAUGAGCUCACAGUGCAGCUCCAUCUCUGCAAUAUUCUCUCUAUAGAAAGGAGCACAGCACAGGAUAUUUACAGGAGGAGCAAGAUUAGGGGAUGUUGCUUUCCUCUUCAGCCUUGCUCUGGGAUUGCAGAUCUCUCCUGAGCUUUGACUGAGGAAGAAUAAUAAAGCCCAUUGAUACACGUUAUGCUACCUUCUAGAUGAGUCUAGGAAUUCAUUCAGCCUGUCUCUCUCAGUCUGAAAGGAGGACACGUGAAGGUGAACAAUGGCUCCACGGCAGUGAUUUCCAGAACUACACAGAGCACAACUGCCCCAGGACAAGAACUAAUAAAAUACGCCAAUGAAAGGCGACAUUAUAAAAGACAUUUUUUUUUAAUCUUAACUGAAGCUGGACCUUUAUUUGUAGGUUACCACGUACUCUUCCUAUUCAUACUGAAAUGUGUAUCUACAGUAAGGAAGAACGCGUGCCUACUUGCUACAGGAUUACCUGAAGAACCAAUGUGUUUAGCACCAAGCCGUAAAGAUGAGGUUGACAUGGAACCUAAUGAUGGAGCACCCCCUGCUACUGUCAUUGAGCCUAUGGUGGUCAUACCACGGAAGGAGAAAAGAGCACCCAUAAUUUACAUUAUAGCAUCAGUACUUCUAUGGCUGGUAACUGGCACAACCAUAUCGAGUCUGAACAAAUGGAUCUUUGCAGUGUACAACUUCAAGUACCCCUUACUGCUGUCUUCUUUUCAUAUGCUUACUGCUAUUCUGCUGGACUACCCACUUAUAAGGUUUGGCCUUCUGAAUUUAAAGGCAGAAGAAGAAGUGGCAUUGAAUGCUAACGCCAGAUUUAAAGUAUUCCUUUUGAGUCUAACUUUCUGCUCCAGCAUUGCCUUCGGAAACCUUGGUCUAAGUUGUGUGCAGCUCUCUUUUGCACAGAUGAUUUAUACCACAACACCUAUCUUUACACUGUUCCUUUCGAAAGUAUUUCUGGGCACCAGACACAACACACUGAAGUACACUGCCAUGGUCCCCAUUUGCCUGGGUGCUUGUUUUAGCAUUAUUGGAGAGGUGCAGUUUGACCAAACCGGCUGCUUCUACCUUUUUGCUUCCACUUUUCUCAGGGGACUCAAAUCUAUACAACAAAGUUCACUUCUGAAGGAAGAAAAAAUUCACUCUGUAAAACUGCUGUACCUAAUGUCCAUCCCCAGCUUUUGUAUUCUGUUUUUAGCUGCCAUAGUGCUGGAGAGUGAAGUAGUAUGGGAGGUGCCACCGGACUGUGAUAAUAGACUUUGGCUUUUCAUCCUUCUGAGCUGCAUGGGAUCGGUUCUGUACAACCUUGCCAGCUUCUGCGUCAUCACAUUUACAUCCGCUGUUACCAUACAUGUGCUUGGGAAUUUGAAUAUUGUGGGGAACCUUGUUUUGUCUCGAGUCCUCUUUGGAAGUCAUCUGACGGUACUUAGCUACAUUGGAAUAGGACUUACCUUGGCAGGAAUGUUUAUGUAUCAUAACUGUGAUCUGAUAUCUGAACACUUUGCUUAUGGGAAACGUCGUCGUGCAACAGAAAGACAUACCAAAUCUGAGUGAACUCAGUUUUCAAAGAUGCCAAAGCAAAAGCUGAAUUUUGUUUUUGAGGCCCGGAUAUGAAGGUGACUGCCAUUUUGCUUGGAAGUAGUUUUACUGAAAGAUCUCUAUCAUAUAAGAUCACCUGGAUUCUGCAGAGAUGUAAGAGUAUAAGAAAAGCACAAUUCUAAUGACAUAAACAAGACAGGGCAAUCACUGGCCUAGAAGGCAUCUGUGACUUAGUGUUUCUUUCAAGAAACGGUAUAAUCUAGUACUAGUAUCCUCUUCAGAGGACUAACCCAUUUUGAUAUUGGUUCUACUUGCAAUAUUGUUCAUUGUCCAUUUGCCAUUGUAGAAUUUAUAAAAAGAGUCAAUAUAGAUUAGGUAUAACAUUUCAGUAGUACAACAUACAUAGACUGGAUAUGUAUUAUUUAUAAUACAAACAGGGACAGGGGGGACCAUAUACUCACAAAGGUGCAACAUUGCUCUAGUGCCGUUACCCACAGCAACCAUUUAGAGCUUUUCUUUUGUUUUCAAAGUUGAAGUAGACAACUACAAAACCAAAUCCUGUUUGGUUGUUAUGGGUAACUGUACAAGCCUAUAUUAGUAAAUUUGGUUCCACGUCUUCUAGUGCCCAGCUAACUACACAAGCACUGCUGUACCAGCUUAUGUAUCCUGUGUAGCUGCACAGCAUAUGAGAACAAUGUCAGUAGUUCUAGCAGCUACCUAAUAUUAACAUGCAGUCUCCAUUUCCAAAGCAAGCAGUCACAGUACAAAAUGCUUACUGCAGGUAAUAGUUGUUUCUGUCUCUUAUGAAAGAGUUUGCAACUACAUGCAGAAUGCUGAAUGAUCCCUUAAUACACCCCUCAUUGGUACACGAGUAAUGAGAACUUAAUGGGGACCUUUCUGUACCAGACAAGUGACCUAUAGAUUGCCUCUGGAUUACAUUAUGGAAUAAUUCCUAUGGGCACUGCUUUAAUCAUAUUAUGUGGUGCCAAAAAUGGAAUAUAUAAAAAAAAGUUAGGGAGUUCUAAUUAUACAUCACCAUAAAAAAAAAACAAAUGUUGUUUGUGCUUAAAAGUGUCCUGUGUUUCUAAUGUGAUUUAAGUCCCAAUUGUGUGUUUAUAUGUAUUCUACUAAGUUUGACCCUAAUAAUUGCAGCUCACUGGGUACAGAUGGAUUUGAGGCUUCUGUUGCUGCUACGAGUUUUAUUUAUUUAAUUGCCUCUUAACUGUUGCCAUACCGUGUUUUAAACCGAGCCAUCUGAAUGUCCUAAAAUAGAGACUUAGUAAAGAACUUGAAACUUGGUUGGUUAGGUGGGUAGUAACUAACUUUCAAACCUGGGAUGCUACACCUGUUCUUUAGACAGAGGGACAAGCUUUUGGCCUUUUGUUUACCUUUAACUAACCAUAUAAAGCUAAAACAUUAUGUAUAUAAUAACAAUCUUGUCUAGAAAUGCAUAGCUACUAGACUGCUGGAUUCAAUCACUUGUGCAACAUAAAUGACUACAUGGUACAUUAUUAGCUUACUUAAACUCCCCUGACCCUGAACUGAAAGCUCAACUAAAUGUAUUAUACUGGAAUAUUAAGAUGAAAGCACCCACCCCAUGUUGUUGCCAAACAAGUGGAUCUUUCACCUUGAGGUGGGCGAUAUCAGACUGAUCUGAUCCCCUAGGGCCAAAUGAUUGGGUUACAAUGAUGGGAAUACAGGCCAUCGGAGCAAGGACCUCAUCAAUGAACCAAUAAGGCCAAUAAGCUUUGAAAAGAUUUUUAGCCAGAUUUCGGUUGGGUAGGCCUGUCGGAGUGUCCCAAACACGGGCAGAUAAGCUGCCGGGACUGAAGGAGCAAAAUCAGCAGCUAAAAUCUGCCCGUGUAUGGCCAAUUUUUGUCGAAACAUAGUGGUAAAGUAUGUAUCAAAUGAGAUUCCAGGCCAAAAAAAGAGACCAAGGGGCCUAUUUAUUAUGCUGUGUAAAAUUUGAAGAAAAAACGGUGUAAAAAGCUGUGUAAAGUAAAGACUAAUUUCGCCGCUUCCUGCAGAAGAAAAAAUGUGUAAAAAAAUUACUCCAUUUUUUUUACACUGCAUAAUAAAUAGGCCCCCAAAUGUUUUCAUACUUAAUUUAAUACUGCCAAUAUCAUCUAAAAUGAAGUCUUUGGAUGAUACAUCCCAGUGCUUAUUCUAGUUUUAAUGAAUGGAGAGCCAUAAAAAUUAAGCAUUAUUUUGUCAGAAAUAUAACGGAUAUACUGUAUAUUCCUCCAUAGCUGCAAUUAUAGUGAUAAAUGCAAAGUUAUAAUGCAGGAGAUUCAUGGUGAAUUGCAAGCCUUCCUCUCCUCAACAGUUUGCUCCAUAUGGUAGAUAAAUCAAGCUUUCUGUAAAAUGCCCCCAGCCAGUCCUGGGAUAUAUGAAUGUGCCUAUACUGAUUAGUGUUAGAAAACGAUUUAUUUUUUGUUUGCACUAUUUUUAAUUGCUAUUAGAAUAAAAGGGAAAUAAGUGGUUGUGUGCUCUCUAGUGUAAAAUCUAAGGAUCAGUAUUCACCAUGGAGUUUUAAGAUCAGAUAAGAGUAGGUAUAGGGCUUUGGACAUCCAAGAUUACUUAAAUUAUCCUCAUAUUUUAUUGUAGUACAGGGUAAAUUAUGUUUGGUAAGAUGGAAUGUGUGAUUUUGCAGCCUUUGUGAUGCUGUUGUUUGUGGCAGCUCCUAAGAUAUUAAUUUUGAUUAUAGACUAUUAUUUGUUUGUCUGCAGUUAGGUACUUUGUAUUAUUUAUACAUUAGUUUAUGGUUUUUCUCUUUGUGCAAUAGGGACAGAGUUGCUUUGUAAUUACAUUUGGUUAAAAGGGGUGAGUGGUUACGGUUUAGGCAAUCAGUAUAUGUCUUUUAAUUAAAUUAAGCUUGUCCUUCA